CCCACCUCCAUUGCCGGUCCCCCUCUCCCAUCGAAGGCUUCGAGAAACUCGAAACCACGCUCCAGCCUGUAAGGAAAUCCCAGCCAGGGCGAGGAAAGCACACGUCUCCAUCGACCAUCCCAUCUAUCCCACACCGUUCCUGUUUGCGCCGUUCCUCCACCGGACCCACCUGGAAAAUGGCCACGAUCGGCACCCUGCAGCGCCUCUCAGCGGUGUCCCUCUCCAAAAUCCUCCUCGCCGCCCAAGAAGCAGCCGCAGCAGGCGACCCCACCAUAGCCAUCAUCGACGUGCGAGACGACGAUUACAUCGGGGGGCACAUCAAGGGCUCGCAGCACGUGCCGUCGCGCACGCUCGACGCGAUGAUGCCCGCGCUGGUCCGCCAGCUGCAGGACAAGGAGACGGUCGUGUUCCACUGCGCGCUGUCGCAGCAGCGCGGGCCGGCCGCCGCGCUGCGGUACCUGCGCGAGAGGGAGCGCGUCCUGGGUGCUUCCUCUUCUUCGUCGCGGAAGGCGAAGCAAGUGGAUGCGGACGGGGUGGGAAAGGAGCACGAUGGCGGUGCUGGCGGUGCCGUCGCUUCUUCGAGUGUUGCUGUGGACGGUGCGCAGACGGCGGGUCGGCAGGUCAAGGAGCAGCAGGUUUAUGUGCUGGACCGCGGGUUCGUCGGCUGGCAGGAGCUGUAUGGCACGGAUGAGCGGUUGACGGAGGGAUAUCGGAAGGAGCUGUGGGAGGAUGGGUAUUGGGGAUGAUGGCGGACUGAGGUCGUGAUCGAGAUGGUAUUCACUUCCGGGCCAUCCCACCCUUUUCGGCAUUGGCAAUCCCCUUGGAGGCAUUUUCCUGGCUGGCGGCUUUUGACUGCCCAGCAUAGGUAGCUUUAGAUCCGCUGGGCGCGAGAAGACAGAGGCCGCCCUGCGGAGUGAACACUACCAGAGCAUAGAUAGAGCAAUAAGGCAGGUGAAGAGGCUCCGGCGCGCAGAACUCGGCUGCUUUCUGAUCUUGCACCUGCGGGAGUCAACUCACGCAUAUACCUAGCCACUUACUCUGAGCAGCCAAUAGCUCGCAAAAGUCCAUGGAUUCGAACGCC